GCGGGUGCAGCGCUGGUGCUGGGGGUUGCAGCCGCGUUCUGCUUUCCGGGUGCGGGGUGUCCACCACCUCCCCGCGCGUGCGGACAGGCGGGCGCAGACCUGCGGGGGCGGGGGAUGCCGGGCUGCCGCAUUAGCGCCUGCGGCCCGGGGGCCCAGGAAGGGACCGCAGAACCCGGGUCCCCGCCGCCACCGCCCCGGGAGUCCCUGCCAUCCCCUCAGCUCCCGCCCCCAACUCCGACCUUGACCUCAGCCCCGCAGCAGCCCGAGGCGACCCAGGGGUCAGCAGCCGGCGCGGCCGAGGGGCAGGAGCUGCAGCGCUGGCGCCAGAGCGCUAGUGCGGGCGCGGGGGUCACCGGGCCGGCAGGGGGCGCGAGCGGCGGCCCGGGCGCGGCGGCGGGGCCGGGGGGUCGCGCGCUGGAGCUGGCCGAAGCGCGGCGGCGGCUGCUGGAGGUGGAGGGCCGCCGGCGCCUGGUGUCGGAGCUGGAGAGCCGAGUGCUGCAGCUGCACCGCGUCUUCCUGGCGGCGGAGCUGCGCCUGGCGCACCGCGCCGAGAGCCUGGGCCGCCUGAGCGGUGGCGUGGCCCAGGCCGAGCUCUACCUGGCGGCGCACGGGUCCCGCCUCAAGAAGGGCUCGCGCCGCGGCCGCCGGGGCCGCCCGCCCGCGCUGCUCGCCUCGGCGCUCGGCCUCGGAGGCUGCGUGCCCUGGGGCGCCGGGCGCCUGCGGCGCGGCCACGGCCCGGAGCCCGACUCGCCCUUUCGCCGCAGCCCGCCCCGCGGCCCCGCCUCCCCCCAGCGCUGACCCCAGCGCCUGGACCGCUGGCCACCCUGGACGGGACGGACGCAUGGUGGAUGGAAGGACGGCGACACCUACGUGGAUGAACAGGUGGACCACAGGCGGACACAGUCGGGGGGCCAGGGGCCCAGGAGAGAAGCAUGAGCUCCUCCGAGCCUCCACGCUGUGGACCUGGACUCCUGGACUGCGCUUCUACCCCGGGCACCUCCUUCAGGAAGACUUCCAGAACUGACUCUGCACAGGCUUGGCGCCCUCCUUGCAGGAGCCCUCCCUCCACGGUGGCCAGGGGCCAGGCUCCGGGGAGCUUGCCCGCACUGUGCCACCCUUGAUUUUGGCUUACACUGCAGGGAGGAGGUGUUACCACAGGCCCCCGAGGUGCAGGCCGAUGAUUUCAGAGCACAGCAAGCAUUCCCAAGGGGAAAACGAAAGGGCUUUCCUUUAAAGGUACAGCUGUCCUGAAGCUGCCACUGCCGGCUCUGUCCCCGUGUUGGUGGGCGUCACCGCCUUGGGGUCUCAUGGUGCCAGGAGGCCUGUAGGGGGGAAAGCUGGGGGGUCUGAGCAAAGAGGGGUCCCUGGCUCUCCCCGUGAUGGGAGCACACCUGCGGCCCAGCGGUCAGCUGCUGGCUCCUGGUGGGGGCAGACCUUAAACUUCUGUGUCAAGUUUUCAAUGAAGGCAGAGACCCCUGCAUUGCAGUCUCCUGACAACAGAGGGAAGGAGGGAGCUUGUUUCCUCCCAGCCCAGAACGUGUAGAGCCCAACAGCGCGUGAAUCAGAGCAGGAAGAAUAAACCUCGCCCCUGCGAGGCCGCCGUCCA